AUGAAAUUAAGAUCUUCAUCUCUUCCAAGAAUAGAUGGUAGAGAGGGUGAUCUUAUGAGAAAUUCAUUUAUCAAAAUUGUGGUCUAAUUAUCCAAGAAUUUAAUUCCAACUCAAUAUGUGAUUGAGAAUUUCAAGAAAUAUUAACAAUAAUAUGAAUUUAAAGAAAAGGUUGCUAAGGUAUGCUCAUAAGUCCAACUCAAAGUACCAACUGAUGAACUAUAGAAUGAAUCAAUUUCUCAUGAAAACAGAGUGAUGAUAUUCUCAAAGCUUUGUUAAGUGCUCCAAGAGAAACAUCAAUAGUGUUUCCCUUAAUGUGAUCAUCUUAAUUUUUUAUAAUGA